AUGUCGCAAUACUCUUGUCCAGUAUCUGGGGCUGCCGGGGGCCAUUGCCCGGCAGGCAAGGCUGGUGGUAGUGUGCGAGGUAGUCAAAUGGGUCCCAGAGGAUGUUCAUUUUCGGGUUUUGCUCAGCCUGGCGAUGUACGGGCGGCCUUCAAUAUCCCCAAUGGCAUUGAUACAGAUGAUUGGUUACGGAUGAGGGAACGAAAGGCCAUCAACGAGAUUCUCUACUCGAAUACACCGGCGAACCGAGAACUCAACCAGACCAAGGACAUUGACUCAUUAACUGCGAAUGAGCAAGAUCUUCUGGCAGUGGCACUAGGAGCACCUGCCCGUCAGGUGCUGUUGAGAGCCGAGGAGAUCGGACCCAAGACUGGCUGGCGUGAUGGCUUCCUGAGCGCAGAGUACGGCUUUGUACCUCCUGAUAUGGAAGAGGCAGUCUCAGCCCUGGCCAACUCGCCCGGUCGGGUGUGGAGCGAUCUGUGCGAAAGGAUGCCAGGAACCAUCUCUCGUGGCCGUUUCCGUGAGGCCGCUGCUGCCAUACCCGUUGUCGAGGGAACCGAAGACGUCAUCCCUGAUGCUGCACUAUGGGCAGCUCUAGUCGCCUUGGGUCUUCUCUGCUCGUUGUACAGAUAUGAAGAAAAGCAUGAUGGGCACGAAGGAGUCAGCAUUCACUCAGGUCCCAAGAGUGGACUCAUGGGAGACUGGGGUGAAGAUGUGCUUGAGGAGGUCAAGGGUCUUCCCCGGAGUAUCGGCCUACCUUAUGUACAGAUCUGCAAACGCAUGGGAAGACCCAUCCCCCAUUUGACGUUUGUGGACCAGAGCAGCUACAACGUCACGGUCAAGGACCCAAAGUCCAAGUUCCCAUAUGUGGGACGAUUCGACAACACUGACCUGCGCUGGGCCAUGUUUGGCGACCAAGCAGAGCGCGCUUUUCUCAAGGGUGUUGCCGAUACCAGUGCUUCAUUCCAGCAUGGACCGGAUGCCAUCGCGGCUUGCCAAGAAGCCGUCAUGAAGAGGGAUGUCGAGGGUCUCCUCCGCGAAAUGAUCAGGUUGAAGGAGAUCCUGGAGCUCAUGCCAAACGCCUUUCACUCAAUUUCGCCCAACCCUAAUUCUGGCGAGAACUACGUUUCCGGAGACGAAUGGGUCAGAUGGGCCAAGUUCUCUGCGCCACUUUCAAAGAGAUGCCCGGCUUCGUCGGGUCUGCAAUUUCCGCCCUAUCUGGUCAUGGACGCAUUCCUCGGCCGCAAAAAGUAUGAUUCCUUCUUGGGUGCCGAGGGUCUUCAUCUCAGAGCGUGGUCUCCGUCAAACAUGAGAGCCUUCAUCGCUGCCAUUGAGUAUCACUACCGGAUCCCAGAGUUUGUGGCACAGUCAAACGACCCUAGAUUGCAUGGUGUGCUAGACGGCAUUGUCGAAGCCUACACAGGCGAAAGAGGCUUCAUGGGUGUCCACCGCUACAAGGUCUUUGGUAUACUUGAAAUCGCUGCAAAGACGGGCCGGACCGAGACAAAUGGAAAUUCGGGCCAGAGUGGCGUCAGGAUGCGGCCGUGGGAAGAAACACACAAGCAAUUCUCCGAGGCCAUGAAGGAGAGACUGGAGCCGUACCGUGGCAAGAUGCUCGGUGAGCCUCACGAGAUUCGGGGCACUUUUGAAGAAUGCCGCUUCCGCUCCAGGAUCCUCAGUCGCAACUUUGUCGACAAUGAUCCCAAGAGGUCGAUUGCGAGAGUCACUUUGGAUCUCCGCGAUACUGGCGUCACCUUCCAGCCUGGCGACAGACUAGCUAUCAUGCCGCUCAAUAGUUGGGAGGAAUGCGCAAAGGUUGCCCUGGCUUUGGGCCUUGAGGAGAUGCUCGAUGUGCCGGUACAGCUCAACCCAAAGUGGAGCAGGUUUGCUGAGCACCUGGGAUCAGUGUCGCGAGAAGCUGCGCCCAAACUUGCCGUUCGCGACAUCAUCCGACGGGGCCACCUAGCACCUCUAACCAGAGAUCUCGUCCUCAAGGUCCACUCCAUGCUCAAAGCAUCAUCGACGGUAGUCUUGCAGGUCCUCGCAACCAACGAAUGGCCCGUCAGAGGAUCUCUUGGCGAUUUGCUACAAUCAGCUGUGGUUGAUACGCCUUCGCAGAUCUGGGAUCAAGCCUUUGACUUGUCCCACAACCUCGCAUGGCUUGCCGACCUUGUCGAAGUGGAAGUUCCCAGAACCUACUCAAUCUCAAGCUAUCCCGAAGAAUUUCUGCCCAGCACCCUAGACCUUACCAUUUCAAGAGCCGAGUACGACCUUUGCGACACCUUUGCCAAUAACAUUCCCACUGUCAGAAGUGGCGUCAGCAGUGGCUUUCUCAACCCUUCACUGGCCUCGAGUGAAGACGCGAUGCCAGCCGAGGAAGACCUCCUCAUCGGCCUGUCGCGCCCGGUAAGCUUCCAGCUUCCCCUGGACGGCGCUGCACCCUGUGCCUUCUUCGCUGGAGGCAGUGGCAUUGCGCCCUUUAGAAGUUUCUGGCAGAAGCGAUUUGCUGAUGGCAGCAUUGGCCGCAACAUUCUUUACUUGGGAGUGCAAUCCCGAGAGAAGUUUUGUUAUGAAGAAGAGCUCCGAGAGCUUGUUCAAACUGGAAACAUGGAGAUUCACACGGCCUUCUCGCGUGACUCUCGGGGCCUUGCAUUCGACAGAUACUCGCGGCAGCUUCUGGAAAAGCAUACUCCGCCUCGUUAUAUCGACGCACUCAUCGUGGAGCAAGGCGAUACUGUAUGUGAUCUUGUAAUGAGCAAAAAGCAGGGCGGGUUGGGUGGCUACAUUUACAUCUGCGGCUCCGUGUCCGUCUUUGAUUCGGUCAUGGCUGGCAUCCGCAAAGCCAUUUACGAUCACCGCAGUGCCACCAUGGAAUCUAGCGAUGCCAUCCUCGCUACAGCUUUUGCCGAGCGCCGAUUCAUGCUGGAUGUUUUCAUGACUCCAAAGCCUCUUCCCUGCAAUCUGCCCACCAUUCCUCAAUCAGAAUUGGCACUGCACACUGGGCAUCGUCCCAACACUGCUGUCUGGAUCGGGGUUCAUGGCAAAGUCUACGAUGUCACCGACUUUGCACCAAUUCACCCUGGUGGCGUACUAAUCAUCCGCUCCAAUGCAGGCGUGGACUGCUCGCAGUCUUUCGACAAUCUUGCCCAUACAAACAACCCCGAGGUUGCCAGUCUUUUGACCAAAUACUUUAUCGGCAACCUCACACCAAAGCCCGACUAUCAUGCAAGCGAAGACCUCAAUAGUCUUUAUGAUAUGUGGAAAGAAUAUCUUCACACUGUGGUCGAGACGCUGGUCGCUCAGCAAUUUGAAAUGAAUCGAUUCAUGGGCUCCGACAUGGGAACACCCAUUGAUGCAGACAAUUGGUGGUUCCAGAACAGCCUUCGGGGCAUUGAUCUGAUCAAUAUCAAGGGAAUUCGUUCAUUCUACCAGUACCAGUCGAGGCUUUUGCAAGGUGGAUUCUCGGCCAUGUUUGGUCCUCAGUUCCAAGAGCUGAUACUGAAGCUCUCUUUUGCUCUAGCCAACACAUCAAUGGAUGGAGCACACGCGAAACUUCCUGACGUUCUCGGCGUUGUUGCCAGAGCAAAGACGUCGGAGCAUGCAGUCAAGAUUUCCAGACAGGUCGCACAGAUUGGUGAGUUUGUGCGCGAUGCCGGCGGUGCUCGUUUCCACGAACGCGGCAUCAUUGCCUAUGCAAGCAAGUCGGUGCAGCUGGACAUGGCACUUCUUGAGGAUAUUCGGCAAGAGGCUUGCUACGGCAUGGAUGCCCUAGAGAGUCUGGCCGAUGUGGACUACACAGAGGAGCAGACCUUGACCACGCUGUGCACAUUCUUGAUGCAGAUAUUGGAGCGUAUGGCCAAGCGGCUCGAAGUUUUCUACUCCAACCUUGCCCAGCACACCAUUGUUCAGCCGGCCAUUGAGCGCAACCCAGCCAGGACUCGUUGGCAUAUUCUGCGCCAGAGGAUCCGCGAUGGCUCAUUCUUUAUUCUGACUCAGAGCACAGUCAUGGGUUCAGCGCCAUCGUAUAUCCCAGAAAAGGCACAGAAUACUGUCGAUUUCGACCGCGUCAUGUCGCAUAUCCAGCAGACGUUAGCGGAAUCACCGCAGGCUCAGCCGGCCAUGACACGUAACCCUCCCACAUUGAAUCAGAUGCACAUUCAACGUACAGAGGCUCCCAAGAAUGGUGCUUCUGCGCUCGAGUCGCACCACAAUGGUACCGCGCUCCGCAACAUGUCUUCGUUUGUCAACAAGAACAUGAAGGCCAUUCGACGUCUCAGCAAGCUACCUCCAAUGCCGGCAAAUUUUGAUCUCAUGGCAAGAACGCCACUGCCUGCACUACCUGGCGGGACAAUCACGCCGCCGCUGAGCAGAUCAUCUAGUCGUUCUCCCACCCGGGGCAUGACGGGUCAGCACGGGGGCGGGCUGUACAUCAAAGGCAUGCCAUCGAAUCCAAAUUACUCGCCUCCCCUAGCCCAAGGCUACGGCCACAUGGGCGGUGGCGGCGGCGGCGCAAUAGUACCGCAGCACGCUAUGCUACCAAACGGUCGUCUCCCACCCACGCCGCCGCUCGAUGCCGCUGCCGCCAUUGGUUCCAUGAUGGGCAAGCUCAACGUCCGCUCCCGGGCGUCGUCAACCCGGGCCCCGUCGCCGGUGAGCUUGAGCGGUGGUUACCGUCCCAGCAUGGAGGAGCGGGCCAAACUCAUGCACAUGCGGCAAAUGUCGCAGCCGUCAAUGAUGCAGCCGCCGCAGCACCGCGCAAGAUCAUCAACAAGUGGCUCUUUGAGGUCAUUUAAGUUGUCACAGAGGAUUGGCCAAGGUCAGGCCGAGGCAAAGAUCGCACCGACGUUCUGA